UAUUAUUUUUCAUUAUAAAUUUAUAUAGUUUCAUAUUUACAUAACUACAUUAAUAAAAUAAACUUUCAACCAAACUUGAACUUUUUCACUGGUUCCUUCAGUUCCUUAAAAUAAAUGAGAAACCAGAAAUCAAUUUCAGCAAAAAUUUAAUAAGUUAUCCGCAAUUUAUGAAAAAUUUAGUGGGUGAACGCAGAUUUUUUCUGCUAUGUGUAUGUGUGCAUCAAAAAAUCCAGCUAAGGCGAAAAAGGUAAAAAUUUCAAACAAAUUUUUAGUCAGUCGAUUUUUCCAAAGGGGAACUUGGGAGGAUAGAAAGGAUUGUACAUGAAAUUUCUAAAAUUAAAAGAAGCCAACGCCACAGAAAGUACUUGGUUUAAGGACAUGAGAAUGAAAACUUACAAAAAACUCCUCCAUUGUCGAAUUGUAUCUUUUUUUAAAUAUUUGAAUUAGGAAUUUUCUCAGAUUGCAAUCACCAUCAUUCGUUUCAACUCAAUAAACAAAAACCUCAUCAGCGAUUCCAAUGAUUUUCGUCAAUGCCUUGCCUCGCACAUAGUCAGCGGGAGUGCAUCAUUCGCAACGGGACUUUCGCCGUGCACCAACAAUCGCAACAGAUGCUACGCACAUUUCGCCACUCGCCUAGCGCCGACAACGCAACGACCGCCGAAUGCUAACGCACAACAAUCACCUCGCCAGGCGCUUCCCAUGCCCGUCAAGCCACACUCGCUUCCCAUUCACCUUCGAUCCCAGAUUCACGUCUUCAUUUUGAAUUUUUUAUCUGAUCAACUCGCAUCUGAUGACACGCCCCCAUCGAUAGGCGUUUUAUAUCGAUUCGAUUGGCCUACAAAGGCGAGUAGGGGAACGGAUGGAAUGCAACGACGCCAAUUUUAAGCUCGACGCCGACUGGCCAACGACUCGAUUCGAUGACGAGCGUGCCACCGACGAAUCGUAGCGUUCUGCUCGUGCUCGGCAGCGUUCGGGCUGUUUUAGGUGAUUUGGCGGCGUUCGGGGCAGUUCGGGUUUCGGUCCGGUUCCGCUUGUUUCGGGGCGAUUACCGGUUCAAGUCAUUCGUGAGUGAAUCGUCGCGUCAGGUAGUUCGUCGCAAUUUGGAUUUUUGAUAUCCGCCGAUAAAAACAUUUUGAUAUCUUGCUCGCGUCGUUUACUUCCGUUCGUCGAAUGUGCGAAGGGAUGCCGAGACGCUAGUGUCGUUAGUGUUGAUCGCGUUGCCUGGCUGUGUCCAGGAAUUUGACUAAACACUUCCAGUGAAGGAUUUCGCCGUGCGUUCCCGCGGAUCCGCGACUGAAGUGCACUCAGCCGUGAUUUGGGCUGUGAGUCUGGUGUCGUUUUGGAGUGCGUGAGUGCCGUGGUGGCUAGAAUUCUACCCAACUUUUUCUCCAACCGAGUUAGGACUUCAAGAGGUUUCGUGCCAUCCAACCCUCCCCUGAUCAGUUUCCUGGUGUACGAAAUAAACAAAACAAAUACAUUUCACCUCACAACUCUGCUCCUACAGUCUGUUGCGAAAAAUUGCUCAACAAGCCAGAGAUGCUUUCACCUGCAAACUCUACCCGCUGAAUCGACUGACCCCGGGAGUGCAAUUCAAGGAAUCAAAUAAAUUCGCAGUACAUUUUGUUUACCUGCCCUCACACGGUUGUUUGUGUUUUGCGUACGGGAACGGUUCCGUGUAAAAUUUGCCACAGUGGCGUGCCUGGCAGGUAAACUCAGUGGUGUCGGCGUUGAAAGUGGUGGACCACCGAUCAAGCGAUUUCCAUAUCAGCAGAUUAAGCAAGAAAUGGAUGUUGGCCGCAGCAGUGAAAGGGAUUUGGAUUUAGGCGAUGAUUCAGCCAUGUCAAAUGAUGAGCACUCAGACCAUGAGGAUGAUGUAAGGGAUUGCGAUUCAAGUGACGAAGGAGCACCCAUCAAUUCAACAAUGAAUGGAAAUGGAAUGGAUUACUCAAGGGCUACAGAAGACAAUCCAGAUAUACCACUGAAUAGUCAUCAUCCACAGUUUCCACAAAGUCACACAUUAGGCCUGCUUGGUAAUUUUAUGGGCGUUCCUGGUCUACAAAAUUUGCCAAACUUACAACAUGGUGAUGUCCUGGAAAAAUUAAAAAUGCAAGUGAGAGACAUGAAAGUUGGAAUGAUGGAUCAAGACUAUGCACCACACAGCACAUAUGGCUCCACAUUACCUCCAUCAGGUGCAGCAGGGUUUCCACUUGCACAGUCUAAUGGCUUAGGCCAACCACAAAAUUUAUCACAAACACCAACUUCGGUAUCACAUUCGAAUGGGUAUCCAUUCGCAUCGCCUAACAAUAAUGUUCCAAGUUCUAAAGAUGCAAACCCAAGUUCAAAUGCAUCAAGCUCCAGCGAGGCUUCAAAUUCGUCGCAACAGAAUAAUGGCUACAGCUUCGAAGAACAGUACAAACAAGUGAGACAACUCUACGAGAUCAACAAUGAUCCGAAGCGGAAGGAGUUUUUGGACGAUUUGUUCUCAUUUAUGCAGAAAAGAGGAACUCCAAUCAAUCGUCUACCGAUAAUGGCCAAAUCCGUGCUGGAUCUCUACGAAUUGUACAAUUUAGUUAUAGCGCGAGGAGGCCUUGUCGAUGUGAUAAAUAAGAAGCUAUGGCAAGAAAUAAUUAAAGGAUUACAUUUACCAUCUAGUAUAACGAGUGCAGCAUUUACAUUAAGAACCCAAUAUAUGAAGUACCUGUAUCCCUACGAAUGCGAGAAGAAGAACUUGAGCACUCCCGGCGAGUUACAAGCUGCCAUCGACGGGAACAGGAGAGAAGGCAGGAGGUCGAGCUACGGACCCUACGACGGCAUGCAAAAUCAGCUACAAUUGCCACAAGUGCAGCGCCCACCUGUUCCGAAUAGUAUGCAGCAAAUGUCGCCGUUGGCCCUGGUCGCACACGGCAACGCGCCGUCCGCCCAUCAUCGGAUGCUCGCCCCACACCUGAAUCAAAUGGGUAUCACACAGCACGAAAUCGAACAGCGGAUGAUGGAGUACAUCAAGUUCUUCCAACCCCUCAAGGAUGCCCACGCCGCCCAGACACCCAACCUGGAAGCUUUGAAUGCUCUGGAGAUGUCUCGCGUUGCACUCUGGUCGCUCUACGGCAACAACACAAGUCCACCCGCCUCGAAUAACACCAGCCCACAAGGUCCAAUUGAGCCACAGCGUGAGGCGUUGAACCUUUCCGAGUCGCCACCUAGUGUGAAUAUUAAGCGGGAACGCGACCACCCGGAACCUGAAUCGCCAUCAGUCGACAGAGAGCGCGAUUUCGCACAUCCGCCGCCUGCAAAAAGCUUCCGGGGACCGUUCCACAUGUCACACCCCGACGACCGGGACGCCGAUUUAUCAGCAGAUGAACACGCUCCGGGUUUGGUGAAUUCACGCGUCCAGUACGAUGAGCACCACCACCAUGAAACGAAUAUUAGCAACAAACCGAGCGUUUCACCACCGCCGCACGCACCCAAUGGAGUGUCGGAAUCUUGUGAUUUUCCGUUACUAACUGGGAUGCAGUUCAAAUUGGCGCGUAGAGGUAAUUCGGCCAAUGGCGAGCAACAAUUAGUUGUAAAUUUAGAAGUAAAUGGUGUCCACUACGAAGGUGUAUUAUUUGCAAACCCUUCAGCACGUUCAUCCCCAUCAGCGAAUACAUCAAAAGCAUCAACGACCGACGCGAAUUCGUCAAUUGACGAACGAACGCAUUCGUUAGUUUCAUCUUAAGCGUAUCUUCGUUUUUUUCUCUCUACAUGAUAAAUUAAGUUUUAGAUAUAUUUGGCUCAUACGAUAAGAAGAAAGAAAGAAAGAGAAAAGUGUGUUAGUUUCUAAGUGAAAAAUUUCGAUUUUCUUUUAACUAUUUUCUUUAUUUAUCCCCGAUCUCGUUCGUAAGAUCCUUCAUAGAAUUUUUCUUAUAUUGUGAAUACAUUUCUAUUGUUAAUUUUAUGAUGAUUUCGAUAUUUAUGAGUAAGAUAAAUUAUCGACCUCUUUUUUAUCAUGAUCGUUAGAGAAAUGGUUUUUGUGUCCGUAUCCUUUUGAGAAUUUAGAAUCUAUCUGUUUAUAGUUUGAGGCAUAACUAGCAGGAAUCGUUUUGGGGAAUGGAAACACAGCUCUGUGAGGUUCAACUCAUUAAAAUAUUUUUUAAUGAUAACACUUAGAUGAUGAAAAUUUUGUUCUUGUUCGAUACAAAAAGGAAAUAUUAGAAGAUGUCACACUUUCUUGAAGGAGGUAUUCUUGGAAACAGUAAGAAGUUAAAUUUUUCUUCGGAUAUAUAUUGUGAAAUACUAUGAAUUUUGGAAGACACCACUGCUUUUUGGUGGCUGUUAUAUAAAGUAAUAAAUUUAAGUUAAACAGUUUAUAAU